ACCGACUCUCUGUUGGCCUUGCUCAGUGAUAGCGAUCGUUUACCUAUUGAAUCUUCUGCCAUCGCAUCCGAUCACUCAUUUAGUGGGUAAGUGUCUAGGCUUUGUUGCGCUUGCUUCGUCGGCUUCGUUUCGUGCUUCAGUAUUCGUAGCCGUGAUGGCGGCGGUGCCUCGUACGGAGGGACCUCCUCCGCAAUCGGUCCCAAUGAUAGCACGCUCCGAUCCGCAACGCGACGCCACUCAGUUCUCCACCUUCUUGAUGAAGACAAGAGCGACCAAAUGUCGAGAGGUCUUCUUCGGCACAUCGGUCACUCAAUUCUUCGAAUCCAGUGAGAUCGACAUUCAUGGUACCACCUACCUCGAGCUUGUCCUUCGGAAGAUUGCCGUCUUCAAUGCCGGACUGGUUGCCUCGUUCUCGGUCGACUGGAUUCAUAUGCAUCCGGAGGAUGUGAACACCAUUGCCCGCGCGGGGGUGAAACCGCAGGACAUAUUCUCGGUGCCCAUGAUUAGCUAUCACGGGCUUGUUUUCCUGACUGAAGCGAUGAAACAUAUCAGAGGGGCACUACAGCGGACCUUUGAUUGGCAGGAGCGCGAGAAGCGAAAACCAAUCGCGAAAGCAACUCAGCGCAACACCGACAGAGAGAAGGAAAAUGCAGCGACAAACGUGCCGAACCUCGCCAUUGGCCAACAAGUUAUCAAGAACGAGCAGAAGACUCGGUUCAAUAAGAAGAAAGGCUACCAGGUUUCAGGUGGAUAUCCAGCUCCCCUCUCCAACGUGUCGCAAGGUUCAAUUGGUCAGGCACAGAAUCGAAAGCCUUAUUCGAAACGCCCCCCCAAGAAUGCUGCCUGCCAUGACCAAGGCCACAUGGCCACACCGACAAUCUGGGUUGGGCCGCCGAAGAAAGAUGCAGAAACGGGUCUUGUAUUAGGGGGAUCAAGCUCUUCGCAACAACCCACAAUGGUAUCCUCCGACUAUGCUGGAGAACGUUCAGCGUCGACCCCGUUGCCGCCUGGAGUCGAGAAGACCACAGCAUCUGGGGUAACUAUAAGCAAGAAAUUGCGCAGGGAAAGUCGCACCUCAUCACUUCCUCGUGAUUUUGCGCCACCUCAGCCACUGGAUUCGCCUGGACAUUCAUUGCCUCUUCAGAUUCAGCAGCAACAGCCUGGAAGUGUCUCGAGCUUUCCGUCGAUUGGGAUGUCAGCAAACCAAUCUGUCGCUGCGGCUGCAACCUAUCCGUAUCCCCCUCACCUGGCGCCACAUAUGCAAGGACCUCAGGUUCCAGGAGGGUUCAGUAGCCCCAAUCAAGCCAAUUAUCAAGGAUUACCGAAUCUACCAGGAGCAUAUGUUCCUACCAAUGCGCCGAGCCAGGGCAAUGCUCAGGCUGGACGGGGGUAUGGACAACAACCGUUGUGGUUGAAGUCUUCGUCGACCACCAUAUAUCAGCCAGUGGAAAUGGAUCAUAACAGCUUCAAGCGGUUCCACGCUAAUUCUGGAAACGAAAAUGGGCGCCCUGAAUCGCUACGCAUCACCAAAGCCCGUGGUGGUCAAGGCAACUACCCUGAGGGGCAGGCAGCAGACCAGACUGGGACCAAGUUCGGGACUUCAUUUGAGAACCAAUUCGCCCAAUCUGGCUUCAUCAUAGAUCGGAAGUCGAGCACUACACGACAGCGCAAUUUUCAUGGCCGUCAAGGGAGCGUUGCCUCGUCCAAUGAAGCAAGUGGACGUAGCUUUGUCAACCCGGAACCGUUUCCGGACCUGCCCGCCAUCUCCAACGACCUCAUCGUGGAUGUUGCUAAAUUCGGGAUUGGCAAGUCAUUCAUCGGUUCGGAGCGCCAGGACGUCACAACUUUAUGGGUCGGUAGUUUGCCAGAGAAGGCCACAGAAUCCGAAUUACUCGCUCAUUUCCAAACUUUUGUGCCUUCGAUUCAAUCGGUCAGUGUUCAAGGCUCUGUAGCUACGACGCCGUACGCUUGGGCAAGGUUUCCUUCCACUUCUGAGGCUCGCAAGGCUCUAGAUCUCGUUCAUUGCACACAAUUCAAGGAUAGGAACAUUGUUGUUCAAGUGGGUAACAGGACCCUUGAAGAGGUCCUGAACAGUACCCCUGAGUUGCUUGUGGAUGACUCUGGCCCUCACAGUCGCCCCAAUCAGCUGGCGGACGGAGCUUUCCGAGGUCAACUCUCGGGCUAUGGAGUGAAACCACCACCGUCCCAAGGUGGGGCAGGUUUGCAGCGGCGCGACAGCAAUUGGAGCCACGGAAGGAGAGGAUCAAGUUCCGGCAACAUACGUUGGAAUGGUGCGCGCCCGCGGUCCAACACCUAUCAGUCAACGGCUAGUCAAGGCAGUGAGCGGCGUCGUGGGUCUUCCAGUGCACAAGACGCAGUUCCAACAGCUGUGACAUACUCUCCCCAGGACGCCAGAAGCUCAUUGAAUUCCAACCCUGGAAAUAGCCAACCAGACGCAGAUUCUGCCAUCGAAUGCUCGAUUGACAGUCAGGAGAUACCGUCGAGAAAGAACUCGAAGAAGAAGAAACCGCGAAAGGGCUCUUUCAUAAGCACUCGAAGCGGCAGUUUCGCCAGCGUGAGGUGCGAAGGAGGGUUCUCUGGGGAUCCAGCUUUCUCUGAUGUUGUGAUCCCUGAAGAAGCGAUUGGCAGUACAGUCGAGACACACAGCACUGCCGCUAAAACGAUUGACGGUAUGGCCGAAGAGAACAAAACUACCCAAAGAGAUGACAUGGGACCGAAGCCAGAAACAUGUGCGGAUGGGGGCGACCUAAAGAAGAAGAAGAAUCGGUACAACCCGCAUCGAAGCCGAUCCCGUCCGAGUCAGUCCAGGGCACGGUCUCAUAGCGCCUUACGCCAGGGAACAGACAGCAACAAGGCAGAUUCCGAAAUCACCGAAGAGCUGAGUGCUUCCAAUACCAUCGGCGCUCCCUCCUCUACUGCUGAAGCGGUUCAGCAGCAAGUUGAAGAAAAUAAUCACAAGGAGGUGCCAGCUGUGAUAAAGGUCAGAGACCCUCAUGGUGAAGGGCAAUUGAAGACUUCCAAGCUGCCUCCAAGUCUGUCCCAUGCUGUGGAGGAUGGUCUACACUCCGAUACGGAACUUGAGAAAGCUAGUGCCUCCUCCGAAGCAAGUACCGUUGUUCCAGCAUCAGAACUCGGGCAUGCUCGCUCCCUGAGCGAGACUGAUGCCGCCGAGUUUAGAUCCAGCAAGGGUUCGGUCUCUCCAGCAAGUUCUCUUGUUGAAGUGAAGCGUUCCCGGGGCCGGAUCACUCCUGCUGUUCCUCUGCCCAAAUUCAUCCGUCCGAACAGGCCGGAGGGCCUCACAAUUAAGGGUGCCCACCACUCUCGAACCGCUUCUGCUCAGAUAAUAGACCCUUGCAAUGCUGGGGACAAGGAAAUGUGCAAGUCUUCCUCCAGGGUCCUAUCUCUUAAGAUUGACUCCGCUGAUCAUGCUCCCACUGCUGAUCCAUUGGGUGACGUUCGUCGUCGAUUGGUUUCGGCCGACCUCGCAUCGCCAAUGACGCCUGGCACUUCCCGAACUUUCAUCACUGCGAUUGACGACCGAUCUUCGCCUGAGACGGAAUUUCAUACGCCUCCCGAGGGGAAGCAGAUUACAUCAGCCGCGUCCGGUCCAAUAUCUGAUGCCGAAUCGCAAGCCACCAGCGAGGGAAAGAACCCCAAUUUUGUGGCUCCUCUUUUCUUUACAAAGAAGUCUAAGCAGGAGGGAUCGACACAAAAUGCGGGAUCAAUUCAUCCAUUCGCCAAGCAGCGUAAGGCGACUCAGCCACAAGCGCCCAAGAAGAAGAAGCAAGCGAAGAAGAAGAGAAAAACGGGAAGAUCCACAUCAUCAAACUCAGGAGACGACUCUGUGUGGGAGAAAGAGAAGACUGGUGGAUCUAAGAUGCCGAAAGGAGGAUCGGAUGAGGGAAGCGUCACCGAUGUUGUUACUGUUCAGGGAGACAGUGAGAUUCGAGGGGAAGGAAAGGAUGUGGCGGUUGACGAUGACGAUGCGUCUCGAAUCUCCGCAAACUCCCAGAAGUCGUAUAGGGAUGCUGUCGUGGCAAAGUGAUGGAUGGGUAUGAAGGUUUCCAGGAAUUCCUCAGACUGGAUUCCUCCGGGAUGUUGUGAGGCGUGAAUGUGCCAAUACAGUUCGGUAGGAAUAGAUGAUGAGUUUAAAAGUUCUACACGGCAACCACUUGCGCAUAUGUGGUAGCGAAUCGUAUACGAUUAGCACGAAAUGAAAGGCACUAA